GUUAUCACAGAAGAUUGUUUGAAAAUGCUUUAGAAGGCCACUCAGGAGAACAAGUCUCAGGUCUGCUACUUCUCUAUUCCAGCUAUAUUUGCCACGUAGUAGAGGAAAUUAAAGUUUUAGUGGUGGCACAUAACAUCCCCACCAGACUGUUCCCAGACUGGUAUGUGGCAACAGCGACGUCUCCUGUGACCUGUCCACAAGACUCGACCCAAUCACAGUCUACAGUAGAGGCAGUCACCGAGUGCCUUACCCUCCUGUUCAAAGUGGCAGCUUGCAUUCAGAGUAAUGAGAAUGACAGUGAGGAUACCAAUGGGAGUGUACACACUCUUGCACCUGAGCUGCUAAUCCCGGCAGAGACAAUUAGCUAUUUGUGUAACGCCGAGGAGUGCUCAAGUCCAGAAGAUUUUCUGAGAAUUUAUUUAAGUCCUUCACAGCCUGCCCUGGAUUCAGGUACACCGCAUAUAGUUUAA